CGCGCGGCCGGGCCCCCGUCAUGCCCGCGCGCGCGCGCCGCCGCCGCACUUCCUCAAUCAGAGAAAAAAGAACCAAGCGAAGAGGAAAAAACGCCAGCAAGUCGCUGCUUCUUGGCCAACAACUCCCACCAGGUGACUCCUGGCACCAUGCCUCCUUUCUUGAGGAUCGCCUUCAACGCCUUUGAGCUGGGCAACCAUGCCCCCCUAUCCGAUCCCCCUUUCUGUGCAAUCAAGAUGAAGGAGGCCUUGACAACUGAACGAGGCAAGACCCUGGUACAGCACAAACCCACCAUGUAUCCGGCCUGGAAGGCCAGUUUCGACGCGCACAUCUACGAGGGCCGUGUGCUGGAGAUACUCCUGAUGAAGACAGCGGAGGAGCAGCUGGCCGAGGUCACGGUGGGCGUGUCUGUGCUCGCCGAACGCUGCAAGAAAGCGAACGGGCGUAUUGAAUUCUGGGUGGAUCUCCAUCCUUCUGGUAAAGUUAUGAUGGCCGUGCAGUACUUUUUGGAAGGAGUGGAGUCAGAGAGCAAGCAGGCGUCCAAAGAAGAAGAGGCUCCGACCCUUAAUCGCAGACGAGGUGCCAUCAAGCAGGCAAAGAUCCACUUCAUAAAGAACCACGAGUUCCUCGCCACUUUCUUCCGCCAGCCCACAUUCUGCUCUGUGUGCAGAGAGUUUGUCUGGGGACUCAACAAGCAAGGCUACAAAUGUAGACAAUGCAAUGCAGCCAUCCACAAGAAAUGCAUAGACAAAAUCAUCGGCAGAUGCACCGGUACUGCUGCCAACAGUCGGGACACUGUGUUCCAGAAGGAGCGCUUCAACAUCGACAUGCCGCACCGCUUCAAGGGGCACAACUACAUGAGUCCCACUUUCUGCGACCACUGUGGGAGUAUGCUGUGGGGUCUUGUCAAGCAGGGACUGAAAUGUGAAGAUUGCUCCAUGAAUGUUCACCACAAGUGUCAGCAUAAAGUGGCGAACCUUUGUGGCAUCAACCAGAAGCUACUCGCUGAAGCACUGACACAAGUCAGCCAGAAAUCCUUCACCCGUCGUUCUGAUCCAAACCUUCCGAAUCUGCCCGAUUUUGGAAUCUAUGACGAGGUCAACAAGCUGUCGGAACUGGACAUCAAUGAUUCACUAGGUCAGUACGGCAGAAUAUGGGCUGGCUCCAGCCCGCAGCCUCAGACCCGUCUCACACAUCUGACACACAUCAACGUGGACAACUUUGUCUUCCAAAAGGUCCUAGGAAAAGGCAGCUUUGGCAAGGUUCUCUUGGCAGAGCUGAAAGGUCGCGAAGAGUACUUUGCAGUAAAAGCUUUGAAGAAGGACGUGGUGCUGAUGGACGACGAUGUGGAGUGCACCAUGGUGGAGAAGCGAGUCUUAGCUCUGGCGUGGGAAAAUCCCUUCCUCACACACCUGUACUCAACUUUCCAGACCAAGGAACAUCUCUUCUUUGUCAUGGAGUAUUUGAACGGUGGAGACCUAAUGUUUCAUAUUCAGGAAAAAGGACGUUUUGAUGUCGCCAGAUCCAGGUUUUACUCUGCAGAGAUCAUCUGUGGCCUUCAGUUUCUACAUUCUAAAGGCAUCAUCUACAGAGACCUAAAGUUGGACAAUGUCAUGCUGGAUCACGAGGGACACAUCAAGAUCGCUGACUUUGGCAUGUGCAAGGAGAACGUGUUCGGAGAAAACCGCGCCACCACCUUCUGUGGCACGCCUGACUACAUCGCUCCUGAGAUCCUGCUGGGCCAGAAGUACUCCUUCUCAGUGGACUGGUGGUCCUUUGGCGUGCUGCUCUACGAAAUGCUGGUGGGACAAUCCCCCUUCCACGGAGACGAUGAGGACGAGUUGUUUGAGUCCAUCCGCAUGGACACCCCGCACUACCCCCGCUGGAUCAACAAGGAGGCCAAGGAGCUGCUGGAGAAGCUGUUUGAAAGAGACCCCACACGCAGGCUGGGCAUCACAGGUGACAUCCGCUCACACGCCUUCUUCAAGUCCAUCGACUGGCAGGCCUUGGAGGACAAAGAUGUGGAGCCGCCUUUCAAGCCCAAAGUGCGAGCGGCCAACGACUGCAGCAACUUCGACCGCGAGUUCCUGAGCGAGAAGCCUCGCCUGUCCUACAGCGACAAGAACUUCAUCGACUCCAUGGACCAGGCCGCCUUCGCUGGCUUCUCUUUCAUCAACCCCAAGAUGGAGCAGCUUUUAGAGAAGUAACCCUCCAGUCCACUUGCCAAGGAUCUGCUCCACCUGCAGUAUUUGCCUCGCCUUAGAUUGUUAGGAAGUGUAAAUAUCAAAGUGCAUGCCUUAAUGACUACAAUAAUCUUAAUAACAGGACGGUACACCUUGCUCCUUCUUUUAGCGGCCUGCAGCACAUCCCAAAAUCUAACUUUAAGGGGCCCAAGGGGGACCCCAGUGGAGCACUUUAGAAAAUAUAUCUUUUAAAUACGCCAUCAAUUUAAAAAGUUUGGACACACCUUCUCAUUCAAUGCGUAUUCUUUGUUUUCAUGACUAUUUACAUCAUAGAUUGUCACAGCCAAACUAUCAAUGAACACAUGUGGAGUUAAACACUUAACAAAAUAACCAAAAACAUGUUUUAUAUUCUAGUUUCUUCAAAAUAACCACCCUUUGCUCUUAUUACUGCUUUGCACACUCUUGGCAUUCUCUGCAUGAGCUUCAAGCACACCUGUGUAGUGAAAGCCAUCCUCACCUCUCAAAGAUCAUGCAGAGAAUGCCAAGAGUGUGCAAAGCAGUAAUAAGAGCAAAGGGUGGCUAUUUUGAAGGAAAUUGAAUAUAAAACAAGUGUGCAGUUAUUUCACUUUUUUUUGUUAAGUACAUAGUACAUAUUUUAUUGUUAUAUAUUUAAAUAUCAUUGUUGCUUUUUAUUUUAAUUAUUGUAAUAUUUUUCUAUUUUGUUUCCAUUUAUAUCCUCAUUAUUUACUUUUUACUUUUUAAAUUCAAUCUCAAUUCUGUGGACUGCUGCUGGAAUUUAAAUUUUCCUGAAGGAAUCAAUAAAAUACAAUCUAUCUAUCUAUCUAUCUAUCUAUCUAUCUAUCUAUCUAUCUAUCUAUCCAUCUAUCUAUCUAUCUAUUUAUCCUUCCUUCCUUCGAUCCUUCUAUCUAUCUGUCUAUCUAUCUAUCAUCUAUCUAUCUAUCGUUCUAUCUAUCUAUCUAUCGUUCUAUCUAUCUAUCUGUCUGUCUGUCUGUCUGUCUGUCUGUCUAUCUAUCGUUCUAUCUAUCUAUUGAUCGUUCUAUCUAUCUAUCUGUCUGUCUGUCCGUCUAUCUAUCUAUCGUUCUAUCUAUCAUUCUAUCCGUCUAUCUAUCUGUCUGUCUGUCUGUCUGUCUGUCUGUCUGUCUGUCUAUCUAUCUAUCUAUUGAUCGUUCUAUCGUUCUAUCUAUCUAUCUGUCUGUCUGUCUGUCUGUCUAUCUAUCUAUCUAUUGAUCAUUCUAUCUAUCUAUCUGUCUGUCUGUCUGUCUAUCUAUCUGUCUGUCUGUCUGUCUGUCUGUCUGUCUAUCUAUUUAUCAUUCUAUCUAUCAUUCUAUCUGUCUAUCCAUCUGUCUGUCUGUCUGUCUGUCUGUCUGUCUAUCUAUCUAUCUAUUGAUCGUUCUAUCGUUCUAUCUAUCUGUCUGUCUGUCUGUCUGUCUGUCUAUCUAUUUAUCUAUCUAUCUAUUGAUUGUUCUAUCGUUCUAGCUAUCUAUCUGUCUGUCUGUCUGUCUGUCUGUCUAUCUAUCGUUCUAUCUAUCGUUCUAUCUGUCUAUCUAUCUGUCUAUCUGUCUGUCUAUCUGUCUGUCUGUCUGUCUGUCUGUCUAUCUAUCCAUCUAUUGAUCAUUCUAUCGUUCUAUCUAUCUAUCUAUCUAUCUAUCUAUCUAUCGUUCUAUUGUUCUAUCUAUCUAUCUAUCUAUCUAUCUAUCUAUCUGUCCGUCUAUCUAUCUAUCUAUCUAUCUAUCUAUCUAUCCAUCUAUCUAUCUAUCCAUCUAUUUAUCUACCAGUAUCUAUCUAUCUAUCCAUCCAUCUAUCUAUCCAUCCAUCUAUCCAUCUAACUAGCUAUGUAACUCCAUAUGUGUUCAUUCAUAGUUGUGAUGCCUUCAGUGAUAAUCUGCAAUAUAAAUAGUCAUUAAAAAAGAAAAACAACACUCAUUGAACGAGAAAGUGUGUCCAAACCUUUUCGCCUGGACUUUUGGUCCCCCAGAAAACAAAAAUUAUUCAACACAUAAGACUCCAAGGUAACGCGGGAAAAUGUUAAUAAUAACAUAAUUUGUCCCCUAAACUGUAAAAAGCUUCUUAGCACAUCUAUAUUACAUUGUUUUUUAAUCUCGUUUACAAUUUUAAGAUAUGUAAAUGUCCCCAGAUUAAUUUCUCAGUAUGCGGCCCUCUGGACACCUGAUGUAAUUUCCUGCCAUCUGCUGGCAUGUUUCGUGUUCAUUAAAACGUUGAAACGUUAGGAAUAGCUAAAUGUGUUGAUGUACACCUGAGAUGAACAAAAACAGGAGUCACCUUCAAUUGUAGAUUUGACAUUUUUGUGAGAUUCUUUCCUGUGAAUGACUACAGUAUUUACAUGAUAUAUAGAGUAUAAGUAGAGUGUAUAGAAUAUCUACAUGAUGUGAAGUAGCUGAGACUGUGUACAUAGAUUGUGUGUAUUGGACUAACAUGUAUAUUGGUUGUUUUGUUUUUUACUCUCUUCAUCUUUUACAUCUAAUUAAAACCCUCAAAGACUCCAAACCA